AUGGAAGUAUCGAAGCUUGGGGGGCUAAACUCUGAUGACAUUCAAGCGAAACUGGAUAAGAAAUUGGGACCCGAAUACAUAUCGAAAAGGGUAGGCUUCGGAGCAAACCGGGUGGCCUAUAUAGAAGGAUGGAAGGCUAUCAAUCUGGCGAACCAGAUUUUUGGGUAUAAUGGAUGGAGUACAGAGGUCAAAAACAUCACAAUCGACUUUAUGGACGAAAGACAGGGCAAGUUUUGCAUUGGGUGCACGGCAAUCAUCCGAGUAACGCUUACAGAUGGAACCUUCAGAGAGGACAUUGGGUAUGGGACGGUAGAAAAUGAGCGUCGCAAGUCUUCGGCGUUUGAAAGAGCCAAAAAAUCAGCAGUCACAGACGCUCUAAAACGCAGUCUGCGAGCUUUUGGAAACGCGCUAGGAAAUUGUCUUUAUGACAAGAGUUUCCUGGCUAAGAUCGAUAAAGUGAAGUUCGAUCCGCCAGAUUUCGACGAAGGAAACCUGUAUCGGGCGGCAGACGAAGCCAACGAGCUUGUCCGGAACCAUACAAUCGAGCAAGAAGGAGCAGGACCGCCUUCCAAGAAGCGCAACAUCAUGGAAACAAGACCCAACUCAUCUAAUGCGACCACUACGUGGAAAGCCGAAGUCAACCACCAGCAGCAGCAGCAGCAACAGCAACAACAACAGCAACAACAACAACCACAGCCACAGCAGCAACCACAACAACAACAACAACAAUCAGAACAGCCUUUGCAGGCUGAUCAAGACCCUGACGAAUUGCUGGACGAUUCGUUCAUGUUUAGCGACGAGAUUCAAGACGAAGAGAUUGCCGCCGCUGUUAACGACAACAAAGCAUCGGGGCCCCAGAGUGAGCCGUCUCGCCCAUCACACGCAAGAACUCCCUCUGUUGGUGUAAAUGCUCCCGUAGCCUUUGUGACAGCCAAAGCUGCUCCAAACGUGCAGAAUCAAGCCACGGUGCCUGCGGGUGGCAUGUUUGACCCCAAAUUCCGAGCCCAAUCGAUCAAACAUACGGUCGAUCAAACAACAUCAUCGCAUAUCAAGACUGCCGCCUUGAAAGACAAGGGGGUUCCCUUCCAUCGAAGCGAUAUAUAUAAUCGGUUUGCCCCAAAAGGAAAGCUUUUAGGUGAUGGUGACGCAGCUACCACGGAAGCUCCGAUCACAACUAAUGACGUCAAGUCCAUCCAAACUCACCACAGUGUCCAAGCGGCACCCUCUCAUGCGGAACAAAGUUCAAAUGCAAAAUCAACCCACGCUGCAUCAAUCAAUAGUGUGAGACAACUACCACCAAUUGUUACGACAUCGCUACCUCCUCAACCACAACAUCCUAAUAUCCAGCCUGUCGGGAAACCAAAGUUUUCUCCGUCAACCAAUCAGAACAGGGAAAACUAA